AUGAAGUCGCCAUGGAAAGCACUGCUCCUCGUAGCUGCGGGCCUCCCAUCCGGCCAUGCGGUCAGUCUGGCCACCACUGGCGCCGCAGUCUCCGAGAUCACCGUCACCUCCACCAUGGCCGAGGCUGUCACCAACACGUAUAGCAGUACAGUGCCGGUGAUGACGACGGUAACAAGCUGUACGCCAGCCAGUUAUGCGGUGGCUAUGAAUUCUUGCCACGGCACAGUUUGGUCCGCAAAUAACGCGUAUUGGCGGGAGCUAUGCGCAGCCUCUCUUACAGGGGGAAGCUCCGGGUUCACAAGGGCUGGUGAUCCUGCAACCGCGUCGAUUUAUUUUGAAUUCACCGGCUGUACGGCGGUGGAAAUCAAUUCCCAUUCCAACGAAUACUAUCUGUUCUCUGGCGAAUAUACGAUCUUCUCGCAUUCCAGCGAUUGGGUUCUGGAACGGUACACCACCGAUCCUUGUGUGGUCACAGAAGCCGCUUCGAUUCUCACAGACACCUGGUAUGCAACUUCGACGAUUGAGUCGACCAUUACGUAUACCUCGACUAUUAGCCUUGCAGAGAGUUCGACUGCCGUGCCAAGUACGUCCAAGUUCCAGCGCUGUGCCAUCAUCCUCUGUGGAACGUCUUUCUUUCUCGUCAUCUGCUCCCAGUCAAUUGCCACAUCCCUCAUCGGCCGUGUCCUCCCAGUCGUUGUCGAGUCAACCACCACGGCCAUCGUCACUCCUUUCAUCCAGCUAUUCCAUCCCGAGAAACUCAACGCGGCUACUCCAGUCGUCUCGAUCAACAGUUGCAUCCUCAAGUCCCUCCCAGAUUGGAUCCUCAUCCGGGUUAUUCACUCGCUCCUCCUAUUCCCAGGUGUCACACACCGUCCCUAG